CGCCAUGCGGCGUAUGGGAAGGAGGACGACGACCUCAAACUCACCGUCAAUCUGUACGGUUGCAUCCUCCAGCCCAUUCGGAAACAGCAAGGAAUGAACGGAACGAGAGGCUUGUAAAAGUACUCGGAUGAUUGCGUUAGAAGAGGCCCGGAAUCUGGCCUUGACGGUUUGGCAACAACAGCAACCCCCACCGGAAGUAUGGUCCGUCGUGUCGGGCGUUGCUGCCUUCUCGACGACGCUUGCUGCUUCGACGUGGUGUCAACAGCGGAUCUUACGCAUGUCAACGGGAACACUCGCACCUUUCCCCUCUUUGGUGGGAUUCGCCACAGUGUGUGUCGCUUCGGUGGUCUCGCACCGAGUGUCUCUUUCCACACUGCAAGUCGUACGUUCGGGAGACACGACACCCUGGCGGUUCUGGGAACAGUCAUUUCAACGAGGAAAUAGUUUCGGCAACAAUAGCAACAGCAAUCCACACGCAUCCUUCAGUUACGCGGACAAACACCUCGAGUUGCCGGUCGGUCGUGUAUCCUGGCAUACACUCCGCAUCUGCUGCAUUGGCGUGGUGGCCUUCAAAGUACUCCUGGGCGGACGUUUCUGGGCAAUUGCCCCCAGUUCCUACACACACUUGGGAUCCUUCGCCCGUACAUCGUCCUGGAUGAACGGCAGUAUCCCAGCGACGGCUCGUUACGCUUCUUCGGCGGAACGCCUUUGGGUGGAACGCAUGGGUCGACGCAUCGGUUGUCACACCUGCGGUUCCCGUAUGGCGCACUCUCGAGCCGCCGUCAAGUUUGUGGGAGACCACAUGCCUCCCAAGGCCGUGGCGAAUCAACAGAACGCGCGUUGGAUACGACGACUCCUGGGCAACCCCGUGCAGUUUCGCUUCUUCCCGCAGUGUGUGCCGUGUUCUUCCAAACAGGGCACGAUUCUGGGCAAGGCCACCAGCGACUUGCGCGCGGCAAUCGCCAGUCCAGCGUCACUGUUUACGCGACGUUCAUCGAAGCUACCCAAUUUAGCACGCGCUGGUGGUGGCGUGCAAGCCUACAAUCACGGACUCCGUCCACGACUGCACCAUUUGGCGGGGGGCGUGGUGGGAGGUGUCGCGGUGCUGGGAGCCAACGAGGCGGACUUGAUGGACGAGAAUCGCUACCGGUACGCUCAAUGGCAGCACGACUUACAUCAAGCACUGCUUCAAGAAACUCCACAACAGUGGCUCGAAGGUUUUCGACGAGGCUUGAUGGCCGUGCGAGAAAAAGUAUGGCCGAACGACGAUUCCUCCUGCUAG